AUGGUUGUACCCAAAAGACAGAGCCAAACACUGUUACAGUCACCGCAAAAGAGAACCAAGAGGAUUCGUCAUCAUGGUGAUGACGAUCAUCUUAGUCACGUAAACGGUGUAAGUAAUUCUAAUCCCAAUCUUCCGGACGACAUUCUCGACCGGAUUUUCUCCUUCUUGCCUGUCAAAAAAGCGGUUCAGAUUGGAGUUCUAUCAACCCGGUUCAGAAACUCCUGGGUUUUCAAUCGCAACCUGUUCUUCGAAAGAGAUUUCUCCGGACGCCGCGACGAAGGCGAGUUUUUCGAGAUAAUUAAUCGUGUUUUUCGCUCUCACGUGGGUUCUAGAAUCCAAAGCCUCCGGUUAUCUUUUGAUCCAACCGGCGUGGAAUCAACGGUUGAAAAAUGGAUCAAAAUAUGCACCGAGAAAGGCGUUGAAGAGCUGGAUUUAGAUUUUUAUAUAGGAAGGGAUCCUUUCAAGCUUUCUUCACAACAAAUCGACGUUGAAUCAAUACAAGCAUUGAAGCUCGUUUAUUGUGAAGUUGAUCUUCCACCAAAGUUGAACGGUUUGAGUUUCCUGCGCACCCUCGAACUUCGGAAGGUCGACAUCACGACCAAAGUGAUCGAAACGUUUUUUCGCCAUUGCUUGCUCCUCGAGAAUCUGGACUUAUGGCAGUGUCACAAAAUCCGCCGCCUGAAUGUUUUUGCUCGGAAUCUUAAAAGGUUUAAGUUACUAAAAGUGGGGCAUUGUUCGGACAUUACGUGGAUUCAUGUCGAGGCCCCGUCUCUCCGCUCGAUCUAUUACGUCGGCAAUGUUGUCAGUUUCGAAUUUGCCGAGGUGUCGAAGUUGGACGAGGUGGUGCUUAAUUUCAUGCCUUGUAGAAGCUUUACACAGGCUUCUAUUGUAGUAGAAACUAUGGUAUCUGCUCUCUCUCAUGUUAGGGUUCUCACUACUACUAGUACACUUCUUGAGGGUUUCACAAGAAGAGUAAGAGAUGGAAGUUUUAGAGAUAUGCAAUUCUGCUUUUGGAAUUUGAAGGAGUUUCAUUUGUACAUGGAAGGAACAAGCUACUGCAAUCUUUUUGACAUUGCUUCUUUUCUCAAGAACUGCCCAAGCCUACAGAAGCUCUUUGUUGAUCUGAAUGAAUUCUCUUUUGAAUACGGAUUCUACUGGGAAUUACAUCAGAGGGAAAUACUUGAGAAUUUCCAUUACUUCUUUACUACCCUCAGAUUCAUAAAAGUGAAAGGUUUCAAGUUUGAGAUGCGUGAGCUACAGUUGGUGAAGUUCUUCCUUGGGAAGGCAGUGUUCUUGGAGGCUCUGGUUCUUGUCACUCCCAAAAAUGGCCGCAUCAAAAUCAAUGGUCCAGAUUCACUGAUAUAUAACCAACUUCUUUGCUCCUGGAGAGCGUCUCCAAAGGCCAGUAUAGUCAUAUGUGAUCAUUUGAACGACAGGACUCUCGUUAAUCCAAAACACUCCAAAAAUCGGUCGUAA